UCCAUCAGACGGGAGCUGAGGGUAUUGGCAGACCUCCUCCGCCUUGCGUCACAUACACUUAGACUUAUGUUUAGACCUAUGAGAUGUGACAUAUGUGUUCCCACAAGCGACAAUGCCUUGGCUGUAAAGCAGGCAGAUUAUAAUGGCACUGGCUUCGGGAUCAGUUAUAAUGGCACUGGCUUCGGCAUCAGUUAUAAUGGCACUGACUUCGGCAUCAGUUAUAAUGGCACUGGCUUCGGGAUCAGUUAUAAUGGCACUGACUUCGGCAUCAGUUAUAAUGGCACUGGCUUCGGCAUCAGUUAUAAUGGCACUGGCUUCGGGAUCAGUUAUAAUGGCACUGACUUCGGCAUCAGUUAUAAUGGCACUGGCUUCGGCAUCAGUUAUAAUGGCCCUGACUUCGGCAUCAGUUAUAAUGGCACUGGCUUCGGCAUCAGUUAUAAUGGCACUGGCUUCGGCAUCAGUUAUAAUGGCCCUGACUUCGGCAUCAGUUAUAAUGGCACUGACUUCGGCAUCAGUUAUAAUGGCACUGACUUCGGCAUCAGUUAUAAUGGCACUGGCUUCGGGAUCAGUUAUAAUGGCACUGGCUUCGGGAUCAGUUAUAAUGGCACUGGCUUCGGGAUCAGUUAUAAUGGCACUGGCUUCGGCAUCAGUUAUAAUGGCCCUGGCUUCGGCAUCAGUUAUAAUGGCCCUGGCUUCGGCAUCAGUUAUAAUGGCCCUGACUUCGGCAUCAGUUAUAAUGGCCCUGGCUUCGGCAUCAGUUAUAAUGGCACUGGCUUCGGCAUCAGUUAUAAUGGCACUGGCUUCGGGAUCAGUUAUAAUGGCACUGGCUUCGGGAUCAGUUAUAAUGGCACUGGCUUCGGCAUCAGUUAUAAUGGCCCUGACUUCGGCAUCAGUUAUAAUGGCACUGGCUUCGGGAUCAGUUAUAAUGGCACUGGCUUCGGGAUCAGUUAUAAUGGCCCUGACUUCGGCAUCAGUUAUAAUGGCCCUGGCUUCGGGAUCAGUUAUAAUGGCACUGGCUUCGGCAUCAGUUAUAAUGGCACUGGCUUCGGUAUCAGUUAUAAUGGCACUGGCUUCGGCAUCAGUUAUAAUGGCCCUGGCUUCGGCAUCAGUUAUAAUGGCCCUGACUUCGGCAUCAGUUAUAAUGGCACUGACUUCGGCAUCAGUUAUAAUGGCACUGGCUUCGGGAUCAAUAACGCAGACCCAUUGUAA